AUGAUUGCUUCUGAUCUAUUUCUCCAUUCUGCGGCUUACACAAUGAAUGGGAAAGAUCGAGAAAAUAUUUUCAAGUUAAUAAAGCGUGCUAAGGAACUACAAACUGACGAAGAAAAGAAUCAUUUAAGAAAACGAACCGAAGGUCAAUUGCUAAAAUUUACAAAUGUUAUGAAAGGUUACCAGUAUCGUUGGUUUGUGAUAGAUCCAGAUUCAGGAAGGAUAGAAUAUUAUGAGAAAGAAGAUCAUAAACGAUCACUUAAACCCCGUGGAGCCCUAAGUCUUAUAUAUGCCUCCAUUUGUCCUUCAGAUGAAGAUUCACAGACCUUUUUUAUUAACGCCGCAAAUGGUGAUUUAUUAAAACUGAAAGCAAUUGAUGCUAAAGAGAGGCAAUAUUGGGUAGAUCGUCUUCGAGCAGUUGCUGAAUAUCAUUCAGAGAAAGCUGAACAGCAUCCAUUGAUCGCUACUUUAUCUGGGACUUCUGAAUCCUCUAACCAUGUAGAUUCACAAACUACCGGAUCUCAAGUGCCAAAUUCCUCUAAAAGUUCGUGUUCACAGUCAAAUGAAGUUAAUCAUACUAGUGAUCAGUCUACUAAUGGAAAUUUUCCUAUUGCAGACGCUAGUACAUUCCCUGUAUUCUGUCCUGGUCGCCCAUCUGAUCCACGAGUCCAACUUGGAGAAUUAUUUCGUCAGUUAGAGUUGGAAAAUCAUGCACUUUCCACUGUUGUUGAUAGAACCUCCAUUCGAAGUCCGGAAAUUACAGAUGUAUUCAAAAAUCUUCUUUUAUCAAAAGCAACAAGUCAAGCAACAUUAGAUUGUUUAAAACGUUGUAUGGAAUUGAUCAAACAUCAAGAGAUAACAAGUAUAGUAGAAAAUGGUAAAAUGGCUAAAUCGUAUGCUUCAAAUACUACAGACAGUACAAGUUUGUAUCCUAGUGUAUUUAGUACUGUGGUUGACUCAUCUGAAACUUACAAAAUCAAUGAUAUGAAUAUCUCUAAUGGCCUUUCAAGUAGUGUUCAACUAUCCGAAGAAAUGAAGAAUAUUCUUUCUACAUUUCCACUGCCUAUAAAAGAUAUGCAAAUUAAUUGCAAAGAUAUGCCAAACGAUGUAGAUGAAAUCGAUGAUAAUCGUAAUGAUAACAAUGAAGCUUUUGCUAAUAACAAUGAUAAUAAUAGUUCACAAAAACAAAUUAUAAAUUCAUAUAAUGAUGAUGACGAAAAUGAUGAACAUAAUAAAAAAGUCAUUUUACACUUACUUUCUCAAUUAAAAAUUGGUAUGGAAUUAACUAAGGUAGUUUUCCCUACGUUUAUUUUGGCGGAAUAUUCUUUGCUAGAAAUGUUUGCUAAUUAUAUGGCCCAUCCGAAUUUGUUUUGCAGCAUUACUGAUUAUGUAGAUCCUGAAUGGCGUAUGAUAGCAUUUAUUCAAUGGUAUCUUACUACAUUUCAUUCUGGACAUCUGGAUACAAUUGCCAAAAAGCCAUAUAAUCCUAUUAUUGGUGAGACGUUUCAUUGUAGUUGGAUUGUACCACCAGAUCAACUAAACAGUGAAUCAUGUUUAUCAGAAAUAAAUAAAGAUACGUGUAAAAUGUCCACCACCACAAAAAACAAAUACAAUGUACCCAUAGUUAUACGAUAUUGUGCUGAACAAGUUUCUCAUCAUCCAUCUGUUACUGCCUUUCAAUUUUCUUGUCCUAUCAAACAAAUGAAAUUGACUGGUUCAUUGUGUACUCAGUCUAAAUUCCAAGGCAUGAGUGUUUGUGCAGCAAUGUUAGGCAAAUUAAUAUUGAAACUUGGUGAGCAUAAUGACGAAGAGUAUCACUUUUCCCUGCCUACGGUGUACGCUAGAUCAAUUUUAACAGUACCUUGGGUUGAAUUCGGUGAUAAAGUCUCUGUCACAUGCCCUCAAACUGGCUAUUCAGCUGUUAUCACAUUUUUAACUAAGCCACAUUAUGAAGAUAAAUUACAUUGUAUCACUGGAGAAAUUUACAAUACACACAGUAUUUCUCCAACUUCAUCUGAUCGUUCAGCCAAAGGGCCUGGGUCAUCACCAUUAAGUUCAGUUAGAAAUAGCAAUCAUUUAAUUGCACGUAUUUCUGGUGAAUGGAAUAAUAUUAUCAAUUUUGAAGUUUUUAAUAAGAAUUUAAAUAAAUGGUCAGUGAAUGUCAAUCAAUUGCCUGUUUUCUCAAAACAUAUACGUCCUAUUGAAUAUCAACAACCAGAAGAAUCUCGUCGUUUAUGGCAAAAUGUUACUAAAGCUUUACAAUUAAAAAAUUUUAAUUUGGCUACAGAGAAAAAACAAGAACUUGAAGAACGACAACGUUUAAGUGAGAGCUAUCGAGCAUUGUAUAAAUUCGCUUUCCCAGUCAAAUACUUCACAUGGUAUGAAAACUCUUGGAUAUUGAAAACCACUUGUAAUCAAUAAUUUACAUGGAAAUAAUACUAGAAAGUAUUUUGCCAAUAUAUAUAUACAUUACUUUGUAUUUCGUACCUUGAUUGUUAAUUAUUUUUUGUUUCCCUCUUUUUCUAUGUUCUGUUUCUUUUUUUUGUGUAUUUACUACUGAUUUCUUUUUAUCCAUCCAUCUAAAAUAUGUACACUUAUUUUGAUAAUGAGCAUCAUAAGAU